GACCGAAGGAGAUUACCUCGGAAACAGCGUCAACAUGAAUCUUUCAGUGAAGCCAAUCGACAGCUGCUCAAGAGGAAUUCACUGUCCUCUUUUGGUGGAACCGACCUUUGAAUCUAUUCACCCAACACUUUCACUCGGACUGAAAUACUUGAUUUUACAUAAAAAAGAUUAUCAAUCGAUUUCUCCUCAUGUUACAAAGCAAAGCUACCCUGAUGGCUCUAUAAGGGUUGUUAAAAUUAACCAGCCUCAAUUAAUAAAAUUCUGUAAUAAUAAAAUCAGUACGGCGAAGUAUAGUUUCGCAACCUUUAUCCCAAAAUUUCUAUUCGAACAGUUUAGGAGAUAUGCAAACAUAUUCUUUUUAAUCAUCGCAUUGCUUCAGCAAAUACCAAAUGUUUCUCCAACUGGAAGAUAUACCACAGCUGUUCCAUUGGCAAUAAUUCUCACCGUAUCUGCGAUCAAAGAAAUCGUUGAGGAUUUUAAAAGGCAUAAAGCUGAUGUCUCUACGAACAAUAGUGAAGUACAAGUUCUUGAUGGAACUACUUGGAAAACUGUGCGCUGGUGCCAAGUUCUUGUCGGAAACAUCGUCAAAGUUACGAAUCAGCAUUCAAUUCCGGCGGACUUGGUCCUACUUGCCUCUAGCGAACCAGAAGCGAUGUGUUACGUAGAAACAUCUAAUUUGGACGGGGAGACAAAUCUAAAACUAAGACAGGGUCCUUCGCUGACAAGUAACUUAUUGACAGCCCAAGAGUUGAAUGGAUUUCGUGGCCAGAUAGAAUGUGAGCUACCUAAUAGAAAGCUUGACGAAUUUGUCGGAAACUUACGAACUGUCAACGGCGUGUAG